ACAGCCAAUCCGGUGCACAGCGUCAACACUGGUUGCGAAAACAUGGCGGAGAAAGAGGAAGAAGUCUACUUCAAAAAGGAAACCGUGAGCAAACUCCUGUGCAGUUCCUUUAAAGAGGACAAAACCAGAUUAGGCAGUGACGCUACGCUACUCAUGAGAGAAAUGCUGAAAGUAUUUGUGCAAGAGGCUGCUUUGAGAUCGCUGAAACAAGCUGAAUCUGAGGACUGCAGCCAAGUUGAGAUAGAGCAUUUUGAGAAGAUCCUGCCUCAGCUGCUUCUGGAUUUCUAGUUGAACCACAAGAUGGAGCCAGAGGGCAGCUAACAAGUUGUUGCAAGUUUUUGUUUUUGAGAUUUGUUUUUUUUCUUCAGUAAAAAUACCUACCAAAUUAAAUCUGAGGUCACGUUGA